UAUAUCAAUAUAUGCUGAUAGAAAGUAGAACACAGUCAUUCUCAGUGCAGGCAAGGGCCUGGUGAGGAGGAGCUGGCUGGUGAGAUCAGCUGUGGGAGGAGCAUGCCAUUGAAGUAGAUCACUGAUCUUUAAAAUUUAACUUUGAUACAGUGAAGCCAGUGCUCUGUGUUUUAAUGAAGGCAGUGAAAUAAUCCCUUGGAGGACUGUGAUCAAGCACGUGUAAAAUCUUCUGUUUGUGACUCUGGCUAGCCGCAGCUGGUGCAGAGAGUGAGGAUUACAAUGCUGCUAAUAUUUUAAGUAAACAAGACAGAAGCUUGAUACCAGAGUCUGUGAAGAAGCAUUUCCAAGUAGAAGUAUGCCCGUGCUUGAUUGCUGGUUGUGGAAUUAAGGAAACCACAGAACCUUUUGCAAAUAUGGUUCACUGGCAACCUGUGCUUGCUACUGAAAUACUUCCCUGAAGAAUGAAACGUGGGAACUGUUUUCUGACAGGCCCACAGGCAUUUAGGGCAGAAGUAUGCAGCGUAAAAUUCAAACAAGAACCUUAGAGAGUAUCAUCUUCAGAAAGAUUAUUUAUCUUUUAUUCUGGUAGGCUAUGAAAAAAUGCUACUAAAUGGGCCAAGGAUAGAGUUAAAAUUGCGUUAAAAUGUAGUGCCUUUCAGUGCUGUGACACGUUAUCUUUGUGAUUUCUAGGAUUAGUGUCAUUACAUCCUUACUCUGAACAAAAUAUCUGAUAGGGACUGAGAAGGUUCUUACAUUAUUAUGGCUGAGUAUUAUGCCCGCUAUAAUGAACAUGCUUCUGGUCUGUCACUCUACUUACUGGUUUAUUAUUUAUUUUUGUAUGUAAGUGACAUUUGGUGUUAACCAAAGCAAGAAAACAACAAAACGUAAAAUCAUUGUGUGUUUUCUUACGCCAUGGUGACGAGUAAGUUGCUGGAAAAAAUGAAGUAUUAAGAUAAAUGCCAGACAUUGAAGUGAAAAGGAUGUUUUAAAGAGCAGGAAGUGCAAAGGGUGUCAUUACGGUAGUAACCACAGCAACUGCUACAGUUAAAGUUGUGAAUAAAUUUUGUGUGCAUUUCUGUGAAAACUGAAGGAGCCUGGGGUUUUGUUGCCUUAGCCUUCGAAGAUUAAAGUUAUAGGCUGCUUUUUCACUAAUGUAGCAGGUACUUGUUCAGUCGUAGCAUAAAUCGAAUACCUCAUUAAAAGUAAGAAUUCUUCCCUUGCUGAUCAACUGAGAAGUGAGGGAGAAGGAGGCAGUGGAACCAAGUAUUUUAUUUCAACAGUGUUCUUCACAUGUGUAGGCAAGGGUCCAAGAAACGAGAGGCAGUAAAAGGAUGGAAGCAGUGAGAAAUCUGCUGGCUCUUCUCAAAAUAUAUGAAAGUAGGGAGAGAAGAAAGACAUGUGAGGGAGUGCUGCAUAGCUGGGGAAAGAGAGGCAGUUUCACCUAGCUUUGUUGAAUUCUUGAAAUGUAGUUUGGUUUUACACCUAAACUUUGUAUUUUGUGAGGUUUUUUAGUGAUAACUCCUCGUCCAAUAUGCCAUGUAGGCAGCUCUCUGUAGCCCAGAACACACAGGCUCGAGGGGUAAAACAUGAAGACAAAUAGGUUCAUAGAUACUAUUUGAUUCAACUAAAGAUAAUGACAGAAUUGAGGUUGAGAUACUUUUUUGUUUCCCUGUCAUGUUAGGUGCUCUUGCAAUUAGAAUUCUAGUUUUGUUACUCAAUGUAAAGUAAGGUGACAUUAUGAAAGAGGCAGGUCCUUGAUUAGCAGCUCUUACAGUGUCAUUCUGACCUCAGUGUCAGCAGAUGGUUUGCUUUCCAGGUAUUGCGGAGUAAUACUGAUCUUAGGACAAUAAUCACAUGCUUUUUUAACUUGUUUUGCCAGAUACACGGACUGAGGUGUGCCUUUUACCCUCUUGGAAGUGAAGCGCUAUGGAGCAGUACACAGCAAAUAGUAACAGUUCCACGGAGCAGAUCGUUGUGCAGGCUGGACAGAUUCAGCAGCAGCAGCAGGGUGGUGUCACUGCUGUCCAGUUGCAGACUGAGGCCCAGGUGGCAUCCGCCUCAGGCCAGCAAGUCCAGACCCUCCAGGUAGUCCAGGGUCAACCACUGAUGGUACAAGUGAGCGGAGGUCAGCUGAUCACAUCAACUGGCCAGCCGAUCAUGGUGCAGGCUGUGCCCGGGGGUCAGGGCCAGACAAUCAUGCAGGUCCCAGUUUCUGGAACACAGGGACUACAGCAGAUUCAGUUGGUCCAGCCAGGUCAGAUUCAGAUUCAAGGUGGGCAGGCUGUGCAGGUACAGGGGCAGCAGGGCCAGACCCAGCAGAUCAUUAUACAGCAGCCACAGACUGCAGUUACUGCUGGCCAGACACAGACCCAGCAACAAAUAGCAGUUCAAGGACAACAGGUAGCACAAGCGGCUGAAGGCCAGACCAUAGUCUAUCAGCCAGUUAAUGCUGAUGGAACCAUUCUCCAACAAGUUACAGUCCCUGUUACAGGCAUGAUCACCAUUCCAGCAGCCAGUUUGGCUGGAGCUCAAAUUGUCCAAACGGGAGCCAACACCAAUACAACCAGUAGUGGACAAGGGACUGUCACAGUGACACUGCCAGUUGCUGGAAAUGUUGUCAAUUCAGGUGGAAUGGUUAUGAUGGUACCUGGAGCUGGAUCAGUACCAGCUAUCCAGAGAAUACCUUUGCCUGGAGCAGAAAUGCUGGAAGAAGAGCCCCUCUAUGUGAAUGCCAAGCAGUAUCACCGGAUCCUUAAGAGGAGGCAGGCACGGGCAAAGCUUGAAGCAGAGGGAAAAAUUCCCAAAGAAAGAAGGAAAUACUUGCAUGAGUCUCGGCAUCGUCAUGCCAUGGCCAGGAAGCGGGGAGAGGGUGGACGUUUCUUCUCACCAAAGGAAAAAGACAGCCCUCAUAUGCAGGAUCCAACUCAGGCCAAUGAAGAAGCAAUGACACAGAUGAUCAGAGUCUCCUAACCACUGCUUAAAGAAAAAAAAAAAACCAAAACUGAAUAAAAUUGCCAUCCCUUCUGUAAGUCUGUCCUACCUUUCCAGUGUAUCACGUGAGUCUUUCAAUGGGACAAUCACCAUAUCGCAGCCUACCCUUUUUUACAGAACAAGCACCACGUUUUCAGUAUGUGGGCGAGAUUUUAACUGCAGUUGACUCAACAAAUAGACACUUAAUGACUUUCUUGGUAUACUCUUCUGAUCCAGCACAGGGAUUUCAGAGUUUUUUUUUUUUUUUUUUUUUUUUUUUUCUCCCUUCUUUUAAACAUCUCUUGCAUUAAGAUUGGCCGUGGGUGAGAGUGUGCCACUGACUUGGUGAUCAGCAAUAACUGGUGUGCUGAAGCAGGGCUGGCAAAGACCUCUUGGAGUUACGGCCCUUCUGUACAGAGACAUAAUCCAGUUUAUAGCAACCAGCACUGAUGUGGCUACACCACAGUACUUUGUUUUCCCAGCAGAGACUUGUUAUUUACAUCCACUCCUUACACCUUUGGACUUCAUUGUCAAUGAACUGUUCUCUGUUGCAUCUGCACUUCUGAAACUGGCAGAAACUGAAGGGGGUUUCUUUAAUGUGCCACCUUGUAAAAUAUUUAAACACCAAGCUCUUCUCUGGGAAAAGUUCAGCCAUCCAGUCACAAUGAUAGAAAUAUUUCAAGAUUAUUACAGGACUUGAUAUAUUGUGUAUCCGUUCCAAGAAGUAAGAUGGGAGAGGGUGAUGUGGGGAUAAGGAUUUAAUUAGUAAAAGCAAUCUCUUGAGUGGUUUUUUUUGGUAUGUUUUAUUACCAGUAGUUGUUGCCUUGGAAGAAAAGUGGAUGCUAGUAUAAAAAGGACUAAAACAUUUCAGUGAGUCCCUUCCAAAGGAUACUUUUUUUUUUUAACAUCUUACUUCUUGACCUGCCAGUCCCGUGCAUGGUUCCUGCAAAAGACACAAAAAUCUGCAGUCUCAGAGUGAUAGCACUUAACUGGCUUUGUGACAGUGUUUCCUGAUGUCUGUUCUAAAUCAGUUCUACAGUUCUCUCAUUCUACACAGUGAGGGAUUUUUUUUUUCAUGACAGCAAAAGGAUAGGGCAACUCAACUCAGCUCAUCCUGAUGUAACUGAAGGCAGAUAUUGAUGAACCUUUCAGGCUUUUUAUAGACUAUCCUCUUUAAAUAAAAAAGUGGCACUUAAUGAAAGAGGAGUACUUACGUUUUUUCAAAAGGAUUUUUUCAUGACCUACGGCUGGCUUCUGGCUGUGUAUCUUGACAAAAUACAUCUUUAUCUCUAAUUCUGUAGCUCAUUACAGAUUUUAAGCUUGUUCCAUUCUUACUGAUUUGAAAUUUGCGAUGGAAGCUGUAGUUCAUAAGCAUUUGAAGAGGUAUUAUUUGCAUCUUCCCAUGCCUGGUCUCGUCCCAUCUCAGAUGAGUUUUACAGAUGCUCUGUGUAUCACCUGUGUGCUGUAGUCUAACUGCAUCACAGCAGUUAAGCAUGGGAUUGGAAAUAUUGCCAGGCAUUGUCACUGAGGGAAGUGAUUAUGAACCUGAGUAGGUAAAGUUGCAGAGGGUGAGGUGUUCUUGAGGAAAGCAGCCAAGGAUGGGCGAGACUGGUUUAAAUUCAGUGAACUCUGUUUUCAAGUGACAAAAAUAAGUGAAUACAACUUGAAAAAUACAACCCAUAUUAUUUCCCCCCUAUGUUUUUCCCAUUUACUGAAAGUUUAUGACUAAUGAAAAAUGGAGGACAAAUUAGCAAGUUGUAGAGGACUGGGAGGAAACAAAAAGACAGAGCCUUGAAAAUUCUAUUUACUUUGGAUAAAAGAGACAAAUACUAGACCUAAGAGUGUGAGAAGAUGGGAAGGAGUGCAAGAGGAAGGAGCAGAACUGUGGAGAAAUGUUAGAUUCUGCAUUGCCAGCAGGCAGCCUUGGAGGAAGAGUAUACCUGUCUAGGUAGUAAGGAUGACAGUGUUUAGGUCAUGUGUGGAGGUACAUAGCCAGUGAAAGAGCAAAGAAGAAAUACAGAUUUUCUAUUUGUAGUUAGGCAGCUGGAUUUUCUGAAUCACUUUAUUUUUCUGAAUUUUUAGUUCCAUGUUCUUACCCUUACCACAGCUGAUAGGGUGAACUGAAGCUGAGAAAGAAACUGUUCAACACAGUGAGACCUGCAGCUGUGGGAGGAGGUGGCCUAGUUCUUGAUGCAAAUAAAUCUUUUGAAUUUGUCUUAAAUUCUGUUUGUGAUCUAAUGCUCUACUCAAUCUUACAUUGGGAUUUUUUUCUAAUUAUUUAAAAGGCAUUUGUUUACCUCCAUUGCAUUCAUGGCAUCUUUGGUGCCUUUGGUUGCUUCUGCCUUAAAAUACUUGGCCAAUUAGAGCAUGGUGGUUUGUUUCUUCAGUUGGCAACUAUGAAAUCCUCACCUAGCAUUUCUUAAGAGGUCACCCAUUUCAGGAAAUACGUAGCUCUCUUUUAGUGAAGGAGUAACAAAAAACUUGCUUCAGUUGAAUUUGCAGCAUUAUUGUAAAUAUUUUUUUGGAGCAUCAGUACAUUUUUGUCAGUGGAGUAUUCAUGUGCUGGAGAAAUACUCUGUGCUGGAGUAAGACAGCCUCUCCAUAAGAUUUCCACUCUUCAACUGACAGCUAGUCUGUCCUGGACAACCCCUUCUGAGAGUUGGGAGUUAGGGGGAAGCAAGAUUCUUGCUCUGACAUAGAUUUUUUUUUUUUUUUUUAAUGAGUAAUUCUUUUCUUAAAGAACUUGUAAACUUCUUCAAAACAGCUAGAACUUUUUCCCAAUAAGCCCUUCAUAUAUAGUUUCUCUGAUCCGUUGUUGUAGAAUGUGUAUUAAGACCUAUGGAUUUGUGUUAUAUAGGAAGUCUUACUGUUAAUAUUUUAGUGAUGUGAAAGCCUGAGUGCUACUGUCAUAUUUUUCAUUUGCUUUGGGUUAUGUGUAUCACUUCUAAAAAUAGUGUUUGCUUGGUGAGAUUGGAGCUAUCAGUCAACACCAUGUUACUAAAAAAAGUCUAUUUUCUUUUCCUGGGUAAAUUUGUUAAAUUGGAGACGUCAUCAAGUUCAAACUUCUCUAGUAACUAUAUGAGAAUUCUUUGUGGAUUGGCUACACUUGAGCAAAAACUCCACUUCAGGAGUGUGUAAAAGAGUGGAUGAGGAUAAAAGAAGAGGCUCGGAGAGAAAUGUCGAUUGACCUGGAGAGCACUGGAGUGGCGAACCGAUCAAAAACCAGUUUUAUAUGAGUGUAAAGAAUGGGAUGGGGGGGAGAGAAAAAUCUUUUCUUUGUGAAUGGGUGUGGGAGGGUCCCGAGAUUAACGGUAAGGCAAAGUUUGUAUAUAGUUAAAAGUUUAUAAUUUUUUUUAUAUGAUGCAUUUUUUCAAGUGUAUUUUGGUCUUUAAUAGAUGCAAUUGUAAGUACUGUGUACACUAUCCAGCUAAUAAAAAUUUAUAAACC